CAAUGACCACGACAUGACAAGAAUCAACAGCGUUUAAAGUGUUCUGUCGGCCGUUGUUUUAAUUGCCCUGCACCAAUCUGAUGCAGUGACGAAGUCUCUCGGGGGCUAUGCAAUCACCUGGCUUCGGCGGAAGGAUGUUGUGGGUUACGCUGCUGAGCACAAUUGCUCUGGGAUGGACAACCCCAAUCCCUCUAUUAGACGACUCGGAGGAAAUAGAUGAGCCUUGCUUCGAGCCCUGUGACUGCGAGGUGAAAGAGGGCCUGUUCCAUGUCCAUUGCGACGGCAAAGGAUUUACAAAUGUCAGCCAGGUGUCACAGUCCUGGCUGAGGCCUUUUAAGCUGUACCUGCAGAAGAACUCCUUACGCAGGCUUUACUUUAACAGUUUCCUGCACUUGAACAAUGCGGUGGCUAUUAAUCUGGGGAACAAUGCUCUGCAGGACAUCCACGUGGGGGCUUUCCACGGGCUCAGGGCCCUUAAGAGAUUGUACCUCCACGAAAAUAAGCUGGAGGUGUUCCGCAACGACACGUUCCUGGGGCUGGAGUGCCUGGAGUACCUGCAGGCCGACUACAAUGUUAUCAAGAGGAUAGACAGCGGGGCGUUCAGGAACCUGCACAAGCUGCGGGUGCUUAUCCUGAAUGACAAUUUGAUCCCCGCGCUGCCCGGCUUCCUGUUCAGAUCGGUGUCUCUGACGCACCUCGACCUGCGCGGCAACCGCCUCAAGGCCCUGGCCUACCGGGGCACGCUGGAGUACAUCGGCCGCAGCCUGAUGGAGCUGCAGCUGGAGGAGAACCCGUGGAACUGUGCGUGCGACAUCGUGCAGCUGCAGGCCUGGCUGGAGCGCAUCCCCUACACGGCGGUGGUGGGCGAGAUCACCUGCGAGCACCCCUUCCACCUGCACGGGAAGGACCUGCGGGAGAUCAAGCGGACCGAGCUCUGCCCCUCCUUGAGCGAGGCGGAGGUGGAGGCCCGGUUCGGCAUCCCCCACUUGCCGUUCUACACGGGCAGAGCCAGGCCCACCAAGCCCUCGUCCAUGUCCUCCGUCAACCACAACACUGCCUCGUCUGAGCAGAAGGAGAGGCCCCUGAAGCCCACGAAAAGGCCAAGGCCGUCCAAGACCCCGCCGACUCCUCGUAGCGUCUUCCCCAAUCAGCCUCCCAUUGCUGGCUACCAAACCAGACCGCCCAUCCCAAUCAUUUGUCCCAUUGGCUGCACAUGCAACUUACACAUAAAUGACCUUGGUUUAACGGUCAACUGUAAAGAGAACGGAUUUCGUAACAUUUCUGAGCUCGUGCCGCGACCUCUUAAUGCCAAGAAGCUUUAUUUAAGCGGGAAUCUAAUUCAGAAAAUUUACAAGUCGGACUUCUGGAAUUUCUCCAGUUUGGAUCUACUGCACCUGGGCAACAAUCAGAUCGGUUACAUACAAGAGGGCGCCUUCAUCAAUUUGCCGAAUUUAAGGAGUCUGUAUUUGAACGGCAACAACAUCGAGGUUCUGACGCUUGACAUGUUUCACGGACUUCAGAGUCUGCGCUACCUGUACUUUGAGUACAACGAGAUCAGAGAGAUCCGGCCGGCGGCGUUCAGCCUGAUGCCCACGCUGCAGCUGGUGUUUCUCAACAACAACCUCCUGCGAACGCUUCCCAAGGGGGCCUUCGCCGGCACGUCGCUCGCCCGCCUCAACCUGCGCAACAACUACUUCCAGGGCCUGCCCGUCGGCGGCGUGCUGGAGCACCUGCAGGCCCUGGUCCAGAUCGACCUGAACCAGAACCCGUGGGCCUGCACCUGUGACGUGGUGCCCCUCAAGCAGUGGCUGGACACGCUCAGCUCCGUGGUGGUGGUGGGCGAGGUGGCCUGCAAGACCCCGGAGCCGCUGGCCGGCAAGGACCUGCGCUCGCUGCCCGUGGAGUUCAUCUGCCCCGAGCUCCGGCUCUCCUCCCCUUCGCCCGUCUCGUUUGGCAGCAGCGCCGGCGUCUCGUCCAGCUACCCGGCGGGCUCGCCGGGCUCGCAGCCCGCCGCCGCCAAGGCGGUCAUCCCGCUGUCCGUGCUCAUCCUGAGCCUGCUGGUGCUGUUCGUGUCGGCGUUCUUCGCGGCGGCGGCGCUCUGCGCGUACGCGCUCAAGCGCCGCGAGAAGCUGCCCUUCAAGAAGCAGGGGGAGGUGGGCCUGACCGGCAUCCAGAUGGAGUGCGGGAUAUUCCCCGAGCAGCCGGCCCCGGUCCCCGAGACGCCGCCGUCCAGCCACGUGUACGACAGCAUCGCCGCCCCCAUGGUGCACAUGUGCAGCAACCCCAUUUACAAGCCCAGGCCAGAGGACACCGAGCAUCCGCAGCAGCCCCAGCAGGAGCAGCAGCAGCAGCAGCAGCAGGAGCGGCCGGAGAGAAGCAGGUCAAAUUACAGGACGCUCGCCGAGAAGGAGGAGGAGUGGACCAUGGCCGUGUCCAGCUCCCCCAUCAACACCAUCGUGGGCAUCGGAUCGCCGUGCCGAGACAUCACAGGCUUCCACGAGAACGGGAUUCUGUGCCCGACGGUGAUCGACAGCCAGGGUCCCACUCCGAAGGUGGGCUUCGUGGAUAGCCUGUUUGGCACCAAAACCCGGUUUAGUGACAUGCCAGACAGACACGCGCACCCGCCCCCCGAGUACCCGCACAUCAACCAGGACGCCAGGCAAAAGCAAACGAUCACAAUCGAGACAAGGACAGGAUGUCCCAAUCAAACCCAAAGUGAUUACCCCGAGUUGAGGGCCAGGCUGAAAACCAAGGUGGAUUACAUUGAUGUGCUGGAGAGGUCAUAUCAAUUUUAAUACAUGACUGCUUAAAAAGCCUGUAUUCUGAGAAAAAAAAACACAUGGUAAGACUAAGAAGGAAAUGCUGCAGUCCGUAAUUAGUGUUUUCCCCUCACGUUGCUCUGGAGGAAAUACAUUACUCAGAUUUUUAUCAAGUGCCUUCGCAAGAGCAGCCAGCAAUGUUGUUAAUUGUUAUUUUUAUACGGCCACAGUUUUAUUUAUCUAAUUACAAAUAUAUAAGUAGGAAAGGUGGGGCACUAGUGCAGCUGUCAUGUAUACGUACAUGUUUGUGUGCACCUGAAAAAAGGGCGUGUCUUUAUAAAAAUAUAUAUAUAACUUGGUUUUGGCUUUUAUCUUGUUUGCAUAUUAUGGACUUCUGAAAUGUGUUUAUUGAACUGGAAAUCGUCCUCCAACAAAUAGGUACACAGCAGUUAUUGUAUAACUGUCAAGCGCUUUGUUGAUUAUGUAUUUUCACAAUGAAUAGAUUGUCUUUACUGGGACUUCAUUGAUCAGUGAAAUGGACCCAGACAAGGUCAGAACAGAACACUGAAAUUUGCCAGAGACUUCUGGACCGUUUAUUCGCCGCAGAGAUGGUACCCUUUUGUGCUCCAUCUUGCAAAUAUUAGAUGAAGAAUGUGCAUAUAUUUAUUCAUAGAUUUCAGUGUUGAAAUUAUUGUACAAUGUUAAAUCAGUGUAUAAAGACUAUGCCUCUGGUUUAGCUUUCCAUAAAAAAAGAAAAAAAGGAAUCCAAUAAAGGGUGCUUAUCUAA